CCCGGUGGCCGCGUCCCCCCCGCCGCAGCCAUGGAGCUGGGCCGGGCGGGCCUGGCCUGGGCCGCCGCUCUGCUGCUGGCGGCGCUGGGGGCGCAGGCCGCGGCGGGGGACUUCGACCCGUACCGAGUGCUCGGGGUCGGCCGCAGCUCCAGCCAGGCCGACAUCAAGAAGGCCUACAAGCGGCUCGCCCGGGAGUGGCACCCUGACAAAAACAAGGACCCGGGAGCAGAGGACAAAUUCAUCCAGAUCAGCAAAGCUUACGAGAUCCUUUCCAAUGAGGAGAAGAGGGCAAACUUUGAUCGCUACGGAGAUGCUGGGGAAAGCCAGGGCUACUCUCAGCACCAGCAUCGCCAGUUCCACCGCUUCCAUGAAGGAUUCUAUUUUGAUGAGUCCUUCUUCCACUUCCCUUUCAACUCGGAGAGGCGCGACACCUCCGAUGAGAAGUAUCUGCUCCACUUUUCCCACUACAUCAAUGAAAUUGUUCCAGAUAGCUUCAAGAAACCUUACCUCAUUAAAGUCACCUCGGACUGGUGCUUCAGCUGCAUCCACAUCGAGCCUGUGUGGAAGGAAGUUGCUCAGGAAUUGGAGGCACUGGGAGCAGGGAUCGGGGUCGUUCAUGCUGGGUACGAGAGGCGCCUCGCCCAUCACCUGGGUGCACACAGCACCCCCUCCCUGCUGGGGCUCAUCAAUGGGAAAAUCACCUUCUUCCACAAUGCUGUGGUUCGGGAAAACCUGCGGCAGUUCGUGGAGAACCUCCUGCCCGGGAAUCUUGUGGAAAAGAUCACAGAUAAGAACUACAUCCACUUUCUGUCCAACUGGAAGAAAGAAAACAAGCCCCACGUCCUUCUGUUUGAUCACAUGCCAGUUGUGCCAUUAUUGUACAAGCUGACUGCCUUUGCCUACCGAGAUUACUUUUCCUUUGGUUACGUGUAUGUGGGACUCCGAGGCACUGAGGAGUUGUCCAGACAGUACAACAUCAAUGUCUACACCCCCACCAUGAUGAUCUUCAAGGAGCACAUCGACAAGCCCGCUGAUGUUGUACAGGCACGAGAUAUGAAGAAGCAGCUCAUUGAUGACUUCCUUUCUCAGAAUAAGUUCCUCCUGGUGGCCAGGCUCACCAACCAGAGGCUGUUCCAGGAGCUGUGUCCUGUGAAGAAGUCUCACCGUCAGCGAAAGCACUGCGUGGUCCUGCUUACUGGAGAAGGAGAGAAGUUUGCUGAGGCUUAUGAAGCAUUUUUGACUUUUGCUGUGGCCAACACGAAAGACACACUGAAGUUUGUGCACAUCUACAAUGAUCGGCAGCCGGAAUUUGCAGACGCCUUCUUGAUGGAUGAGGAGAAGUAUCGGGGAAAAUCAGCUGUGGUCAUUUUGGAGAGACGCAAUAACGAAGGGAAGGUGGCCUAUAAAACCCUGGAGGAGGCCUGGCAAGGCAGCAGAGAGGACAACUUCAUCCUCCUGGAUCUUCUGGACCAGCUGAGGACAGACCCCAACCUCCUCUCCUCAGAGACUGUCCUGGCAGACUUGAACGAUGAGCUGGCUCCCAUGUUCCUUAUCCGAUGGCUCUACUCCACACUGGACUAUCUCUCAGACUGCUGGGAUAGUUUGUUCCACAGUAACUGGCGAGAAAUGAUGCCGCUGCUGUCCCUGCUCUUCUCUGCACUCUUCAUCCUCUUUGGCACUGUUAUUGUUCAGGCUUUCAGCGAUUCCAGCGACACCAGGGACAGUCCUCCCUCAGAGAAAGAGGAAACCGCAGCAAAGACUGAGAAGAACGAUGCGAGCUUCAGCAAAGAGAGUAACAGCAGGAUUCCCAAAAAGGGUUUUGUGGAGGUGACGGAGCUGACGGACAUCAACUACAACAGUAACUUGGUUCGCCUCAGGCCAGGUCACAUGAAUGUGGUCUUGAUCCUGUCCAACUCAACCAAAACUGCCCUCCUUCAGAAGUUUGCCCUGGAAGUCUACACAUUCACAGGGAGCAGCUCUCUUCACUUCUCCUUCCUCAGCCUGGACAAGCAUCGGGAAUGGCUGGAAUACCUGCUAGAGUUCGCCCAGGAUGCAGCCCCCAUCCCAAACCAGUAUGACAAGCAUUUCCUGGAGCGCGACUACACAGGCUACGUCUUGGCUCUCAACGGCCACAAGAAAUACUUCUGCCUUUUUAAGCCUCACAGAGCAGGGGAUGAGGGGGGAUCACCUGAGGAUUACAAUUCAUCGCUCCACGCAGAAGUCAGAGGGAAAUCCUCCUGCAGCCCGGGAUCUAGAUCCAUUAAAACCAAAUUACACAAAUUAUCCUUUUGGAUGGAACGCCUCCUCGAGGGUUCCUUACAGAGGUUCUAUAUCCCCUCAUGGCCAGCACUAGACUGAGAGAUCUUAAAGAGGUUCUAACAGACUUUUUAUGAAGACAAGGGACAGCUCUCUCCAGCCAUCCACAACCAAGUGUGAUGAGUGGACCUUAGGGUUUAGAUGAACUCCUCCUAGGGCCGCCGACUAGAACAUACCUCCCCGCGUCCAGAGCCCAGGAGCGCAGCCAAGUGCACUGAACCUCUCUCCCCUAACUCGGCGUGCAUUUGGACACCAUCCUACUGAAGAGCCAAGAAGUCCAUUUAUCCCCUUCUUGUCCCAGAGCUCCCCAGAUCCACCUCUUAUUUUACCUCAGAUGAAGAAAAACCCGCAAUGACUUCUUGGCCGCAGCAAUUCAGGCCAGACCGAACGCGGCUGGUGACACGGGCCAGGUCGUGGUUCUCUCUCCUCUUCCCCGUGUGCUUAGCCUGUGGUGCAUGGUGUAACACUGGCAAGACCCUGCAGACCCUCCUGGGCCCUGCCCUUCCAAAAGGCCUCCUCCCACCAGGCGGUCCUACUUUCUCAGCUUUCCCUGUGGUAAGUGAUGUGGAGUAUGAUCGGGAGCACCUCCCUCAUAGCAAACCUUUAGCUGGGACUCACCUGUGGUGUGUGGUGCAGGCUAGUAGGUGAUCUGCAUGGUUUCAUGCUCCUUGUGUCAUAGUUCCGUGUGCUGCUUCACCAGCCAAACCCAACCCGGGGAAGGAAGGAAGGGGUUUUGCACGGCCAUACAGACUGUCCAAGUGUUGAGCCAUUUAAAUGUCACAUUGAUUUUUUUCAAUGCCUUUCUGCUUCUGUCGACUUUAGACUAUGUAUCCUAGAGCCAUAUCUUUACCUGCAUCUUCAGAUCGUAGGCAUGAGCUGCUAUGAGCCAGUAGAUAUGUAAAAGAAACUCUCCUUAGCUGCCAGGGAGUUGGGCCGGGCUCCUUCCAAACACCCCUGUGUCUGUAGCACAAACUGACCCGUCUUUGUGUCAAGGAACCUACUCCUUUGACAGCUGUAUUCUUGAAACAUUGUCCCAAAGUGCUGGAUCAUCAGACUGUCAUGUACGUGUGACGCUGCUUUUGGUUUACAUGUGGGUUUAAGACUCUUGCUUUCAGCCUCUCACCUAUUUCUUUCUUGCCACAAGCCUUUGUUCUCCACACCCCUGCUACUGCCUUGGCUUCUUCCUAGGUUUGCAUGAGGGGGUUGGUGUCUUCUGGAAGUCACAGGGCUGUGUGAAGCCAGAGCAGCCGAAAACACAGGGUUUGGGUUAUGCUUUGCUCCACCAGCAGGAAAAGGCAGCCCAUGGUAAGGCAGAGGGAAGGUGAGCAGCAGAGCCAGGGCAACAGCAUCCGCUCCUCACAGCACCAUCCUUUUUCUUUGCAUCUGGGACUGAAAUUCAUGGUUCUGUGAUUCCAUAAAAUCCCAUGGGGUUUGCUCUUCCUUUCUACUGCUCCAGAGCAGACGCUGUCCCCAGGCAGCGCCUCCUCCAGCCACCCCCCAUGGUACCAAAUUGCUGUGGGGGCCCAGAACUGGUAAAGCAAAGGGAUCCGAGUGGGGUGGCCUUUGCCAAGGGGCUCCAAACCUGACGGUCGAGCCCUUGAUUCAGCAUUGGUGUUAAUUAAAAGCUAACUCAGCCCUCACCUCCUUAGUUACCAUCCUGAGCAGCCCAUGAGUAGGAGUAACUGUGCCAGUCUCUGAGCUAGCUGCCAGUCCCGUAUGAAAUCCGGGAAUGCUCAAAUCAUUUUACUGCCAACACAACGUAGUUGCUCACCCUGGGAGCAGACUGAUGUGCUUCAACCACCACAGGUAUCUCAAACCCCAUGUAUGAUGUACUUCCAAAUAAAGGCUACGAUGCUACCAACUGA